AUGUUCCCCUCUCCACCUCCCUCUCCCCCUCCUUCUCCCCCUCCCUCCCCCCCUCCCUCUCCUGCUCCCUCUCCCUCUCCACCCACUUCUCCUCCUCCUUCCCCACCUCCCUCCUCACCUCCCUCUUCUCCUCCCUCUCUUCUCCCUUCUCCCAUUCCCUCUCCCUCUCCUUCCCUCCUUUCCCACCCCCGAUCAUCCAAGCCAUCCCCAACCCCAUACCCUGCGCGCUGCUGUCCCCAAGCCACAGGAGUGGGCGAUGUGAGGGGCGAGUUGGAAGUGAGUGAAUCAACACGUGCCAGGCGAUGCGAGGGAGGGGACCCCAGGCGGGAUGACUUUUGGGUCGACUCAAAAGCCAGGCGAUGCGAGGGAGGGGAGUGUGGGCGGCGCUUGGGCGGCGAGAGGGACGGGCGGGACAGGGGAGAGGGAGAGCGGGCAGCAGGCGGGGAGGGAGGACGAGGAGCAGGUUGGGAGGGAGGGCGGCGAGAGGGUGGGGAGAGGGAAGGGCGAGAGGGAGGGGAGAAGGAGGGGCGAUAG